AUGAAAGCACGUGGAAUUUUUACUUUUGCCAAUAUUGUUAUGGUUUUUGCUGAUAAAAUGGAAGGUGUGAACCAAAAGGAAAAGUUGACACAUCUUUCUGUAAAUGCUAAUGGAUCUAUUGUUUCAAAGGAUUUCAUCGAUAGAAAUCUGAUAAAAAAGAAUGUUUGGCUCAAAGCCCUGGUAGCAAUUCCUAAAGUACAACCAAGGUAUGCUAUAGCUAUUUGGAAAAGAUAUCCUACCAUGAGCUCUCUUCUGAAUGUAUACAUGAAUCCAAAUAAAUCGGGGUUCAAAGAGGUUAACUGGGAAGGAGGAGUAUACGUUAUAAGGGGCUUCAUAGCCUUGACUCAAUGUCCCCACUCUUUGGCGAUUGAAGGUUGGAAGCACUAAUGGUCAUACUAAAUUUAUGAUCUUCUUGUAUGCUCACGACCAUUGGAGAUCUCAGAAUCAUCGUAUUCCUCAGCUUUUUCCCUGACCAUUUUCUCAAUCAAAGUAUAGAUUGGCAAAUCCUUCCCAUCCUCUCUAAAAGGGAUAGCUGGACCUAUUGUAAAGGGAACUACGGAGAAUGGUAUCCUCAUGACAUACCUCACAGUUAACUUCCCAUAAUCAGACUGAAUCGUGUAAGCAUACUUUAGAUAUAGUCGCAUAA